AUGCCAGGGACCGAUUCAACAUCCAGCAUGUCUACCAAUAUUUCGCCAUUGGAAAAUGCAUCAGGACAUGUCCCGAACGAGAAGGAACUCAUCGAUACGGAGCCCCAGCAACCAUCACAGCUCGAAAGCAACACAACAGCCUCGAACAAGGCAGCCAGCGAGGGCGAGCCAGUCUAUCCAUCUGGACUGAAGCUGGCCAUCAUCGUCAUUGGCUUGGAGCUGGGUGUCCUCUGUAUUGCCCUCGAUAACACCAUCAUCACCACCGCUAUCCCACGCAUAUCAGACCAGUUCCAUGCUCUUUCUGAUGUGGGCUGGUACGGGUCUGCCUAUCUCCUCACGCUCUCGUCCUUCCAGCUCUUCUUCGGCCGCAUGUACACCAUCUUUAACAUCAAGACAGUCUUCCUUUUCAGUCUCUUUCUCUUCGAACUUGGCUCGCUGCUCUGCGGUGUCGCUCCAAACUCCACCGCUUUCAUUAUCGGUCGCGCCAUCGCUGGCUUAGGUUCAGCCGGACUUUUCUCUGGGUCCAUGAUCGUCAUUACAUUUACUACUCCAACAGAAAAACGACCGCUCUAUAGUAGCAUGUUAAUGGCCAUGUAUGGGAUCGCCAGUGCGAUUGGUCCACUGCUGGGUGGCGUCUUUACCGACCGAGUUACCUGGCGCUGGUGCUUCUACAUUAAUCUUCCUCUUGGUGGUCUCACCGCUAUAGCGUUGAUAGCCUUCUUCAAGGCACCACCCCCAGUAUUGCAAGGCUCUAGGACAUGGCGGGAAAGCAUUGCUCGUUUUGACCCUAUUGGCACCGUUCUUUUCAUGCCGUGUAUUAUCUGUCUUCUUCUUGCGCUACAAUGGGGUGGUACAACAUAUGAGUGGAGCAAUGGGCGAAUCAUUGCUUUAUUUACAGUCUUUGGGGUUUUGUUAAUUGCUUUUCUCGCGGUGCAAAUCUGGGCUGGUGAGAAUGCCACCCUUCCACUUCGCAUUAUUAAACAACGCAGCAUUGCCUGUGGCAGCCUCUACUCCAUGUGCGUCGGAGCCUCUUUCUUCGUCAUCGGAUAUUACAUCCCGAUCUGGUUUCAAGCUAUUCGCAAUGCCUCGGCUAUGCGCUCCGGUAUCAACUUACUACCUCUGAUGCUUGCCAUGACCAUCUCCACCCUCGUUACCGGCGUAUUCGUGUCCAUCGUGGGUUAUUAUACUCCCUUUAUGUACGGUCUAGCUGUGGUCAGCUCAGUGGGCGCUGGUCUGCUAACGACCUGGACUGUCGAUGUCUCCGCGGGGAAAUGGAUUGGCUACCAGGUGCUCUUUGGUGCUGGUAUCGGCCUGGGUAUGCAGCAGAGCGUUAUCGCCUGUCAAGCUGUUUUACCUCUCUCAGAUAUUCCUAUUGGAACCUCUAUAAUCAUGUUCGCACAGAUGUUUGGCGGCUCUCUGUUCAUCAGCAUUGCUCAGAAUACCUUUACCAACCAUCUCGUUUCCGGUCUAUCAGGCAUCCCCGGUAUCAAUGCGGCAGAGGUCCUCCACACAGGUGCUACUGAGAUCACCGGUCUUAUCAAGGAUCCGGAUAUGCUGCACACUGUUCAGGUCGUCUACAACGACUCUAUAAUGAAAGCAUUUUUAGUUGGGCUUAUUAUGAUCUGCAUAUCCUCUCUUGGAGCCGCCGGUAUGGAGUGGAAAAGCGUGAAGGCGAAAAGGCCAAGAGCGGCCUAG